AUGGCUGACGUUACACUGUCCGGAGAGGAGAGUCUGUCCUCUGUUCUUCUGUGUAGUUAUUUAUUUACUCUCCUGCAGUUUUACUGUAAAUCUGUCAGCAUCACAUAAAUUACAAGCAUCCUCUAUUAUACAGCACAUGUCUGUUUAGUUCCUGAGGUAAAGAGCCUUUUGAGCUGUUGGUUAAUAUCCUUAUGUUCUUCCUCCCUGUACUUUCUAGGCUCCACACAGCCCAGAGAGCCAUCAAGCAGACCCAGGUGACGGUGCAGAAGAUCGGGAAGGAGAUCGAGGAGAAGCUGAGGACGACAGCGGCCUGCACCGAGCGGGUGAGUCAGCCAGCCACAUACAGAUCCUCCACUGAUCUCUGCUCAUCCACAACUCAUCCUCCUGCAAACCCAUUAUCUAUGUUGUGCCAAUAUCAUGUGCUUAUGUGCUUACUAUGAAGAUCAGUUCGUCAGAUUAGACCUGGCUAUGAGAAAUGUUUUUAUUUUAUUUUUGACCAAAGAUGAUUGUGCUCCUCCAGAUGAGCAGCACCAGCAGCUACUCCUGUAGUCAGCCAAAACAACCACCUGGGAUCAUCCACCAAUAAUAAUCUGUGGACGGCACCAAGCUAGCACUAGGCUAAAUACUCAGCAGAUUGUGUAAAGUGUAUUACACAGAUCCUUAUAAAUAUGUAAUUAGACCCUCAGGCAGUUAUCAUAUCAUGUAUUUGGACAGAUUAAGCUAUCGCCCUCUAUCGCCCUCAAACUCAACUCUGGACAGGGUUGGGGAGUAACGGAUUACAUCUAAUCUGUUACAUGUAACUGAUUUUUUUUAAAUAGUUGUAAUCCGUUACAUUAAAAGGAAAGAUAUUGUAAACAGAUUACAGAUAUUUUGAAAAACUAGAUGAUUACUUCUAGGAUGACUUUUAAAUUCAUAAUGGAUGUUUUAGUGAAAAAAACUAUUUAACACCUUUCUGUUUUCUCAAUGACAUUGAAAUCAGCUUUGAAAAAAGGCGCGUGUUUAAAUUUGUUCCACCUGAGCGAGUCUGAUUACAAGUCAGAGACCACUAUGAUGAUGCGUUUGAUGGAUCGCGGGAAAAAAGCAGGAAUAGGCUUUUGUAGUCCAAGCUAUGUCUUCCAAUGGAAGGUAAGGACGACAGCAGUGGUGUAGCCUACGGGCGAUACGGAUAUCACUUAUUAUUGAUAUCUAGGCUACAUUGUGCAUUGAUGUGAUUCAGACUGCUGCUCCCUCAUUUAGCCAUUUGCGCCUUACGGAUUGUGGAUUUUGUGAAUGUGGAUGGCUGUUCACAACUAUAUAUGUGUAUUUUACCCCAAUAAUGGUUUAAUUGAAGAAGUUUAAGCUGCCUGUCAAUCAUUGUUUUUGCGACCAGGGGUAUAUUCAUUAAGGAAACCGUUUACUGUUUAAGAAGAAAACAGAGUAAAACGAGAGUUUCUCUUGGACAAAUUCAGCUAGGUCUCUCUCCGUUUCGUUCCGUUUGCUUCCGUUUAAGAAAGGUUUUGCAACAGAAUCGGGGUAAUGAAUAUGCCCCAGUGGUCAGCCAGUAUAAAAUGCGCUCUUUCAACAGCUGCAUAGUGCGGAUCCCAGCCUAUGGAAUUAAAGUUUCAGCGAGUUCCUCCCUUCUAAACUCACCCGUGGUAUUGUGCUCCAUACUGUCAAAAACAAGUUUAAUUUAAGAAGACCAUGAGUGGGGCUUUUAUUGCUCAAAAAUAAUUUCCAUAGGUCUAACGGACACACACUUUUUAUAGACUUAAACAGCUGCAAAUUAUCAAGAUAUCAAAGUGUCACCAAUAAAAACGUAAACAAUAGGCCUCUUUAGCAAAUGCAGCGUAUGGCGUACAUUUUUUAAAUGCAAAGAGCGCUUUUCGGUAGUGCUCAAAGAAAUGAGCCCAAUCAGUCCUCCAUGACAACAAAAUCAUAAACAACAGAGUAGGCUAAUUAGUCCUUAUGCUCAGGUAAAACAAUUUGGCUAAUCUAUAUUUCCAUAUUUUCCAAGUCCUAACUUGAAGAUCAAGAUGUAUUAAAUUAAUUGGAAUGAGUGGAAAGAUCAUAUUAUUAUCUGUAGUAGAAAGCAAUGGGUUAUAGAAAGCCUACAUAACCAACCCAUAAAGUAAAAUGCAACAUCCAUUUAUGGCCAGCUAUGUAAACUCUUAACAUUGGUUCAAUUGGUAAUAUUCAUUUUUCUCUUCUUCUAAUGCCUCUUAAGCAGGGCAAAAUAAUCUGAAAGUAAUCCAAUUAAAUUACUGAGUUUGGGUAAUCCAAAAGUUACGUUACUGAUUACAAUUUUGGAUAGGUAACUAGUAACUGUAACGGAUUACAAAGUAACCUACCCAACCCUGACUCUGGACUUCAAAGACAGUUCCACUGCAUUUUUUUAAUAGUCAGGGACUGAUUUAGACGGGUGCAAUUAAUUAUCAGGUAGAACAGAAAACCAGCAGGUUCCGGACCUCAUAGGGUAAGAGUUGAAUACCCCUGCGUAUCGCAUUGGGAAAUGUUUAACCCCCCAAAAAAACUUUGUUUCCACCCUUGAGUCAAAUCAAAACCAAUAGAAAGAAAGCAUAUUUACAAAUGUUGGAAUUGGCUUCCAAACAGCUGUGCAAACGGAGCGGUAAUCCUAGGUUUUAAAUGUUGUGUUUAUUGUAAACAUAUGCUUCAAAAGCUCCUGUUAAAAAAGCCCUGGAGCUCUGACACCUUCAUGUUUUGGGGCUCAAGGUAUAGGCUACACUGUUACGUUAAAAGCACAUAGGAUUUAGCCCCCCCCCCCUUUCCUCCACAGCAUUCUUUACAGUGUGUGUGCAUGUGUGUUCCUACAGUGCCUUCAGAAAGUAUUCACACCCCUUGACCUUUUCCACAUUUUGUUUUGUUACAGCCUGAAUUUUAAAUGGAUUACAUUGAGAUUUUUGUUGCUGGCCUACACAUAAUACCCAAUAAUGUCAAUGUGGAAUUAUGUUUUUGGAAAAUGUAACAAAUUCCUUAAAAAUGAAAGCUGAAAUGUCUUGAGUCAAUAUGUAUUCAACCCCUUUUGUUAUGGCAAGACUAAAUAAGUUCAGGAGUAAAAAUGUGCUUAACAAGUCACAUACAGUGAGGGAAAAAAGCAUUUGAUCCCCUGCUGAUUUUGUUGUACAACAACAAAAAAUCCAGAAAAACGCAUGUCAGAAAUGUUAUAAAUUGAUUUGCAUUUUAAUGAGGGAAAUAAGUAUUUGACCCCCUCUCAAUCAGAAAGAUUUCUGGCUCCCAGGUGUCUUUUAUACAGGUAACGAGCUGAGAUUAGGAGCACACUCUUAAAGGGAGUGCUCCUAAUCUCAGUUUGUUACCUGUAUAAAAGACACCUGUCCACAGAAGCAAUCAAUCAAUCAGAUUCCAAACUCUCCACCACGUCCAAGACCAAAGAGCUCUCCAAGGAUGUCAGGGACAAGAUUGUAGACCUACACAAGGCUGGAAUGGGCUACAAGACCAUCGCCAAGCUGCUUGGUGAGAAGGUGACAACAGUUGGUGCGAUUAUUCGCAAAUGGAAGAAACACAAAAGAACUGUCAAUCUCCCUCGGCCUGGGGCUCCAUGCAAGAUCUCACCUCGUGGAGUUGCAAUGAUCAUGAGAACGGUGAGGAAUCAGCCCAGAACUACACGGGAGGAUCUUGUCAAUGAUCUCAAGGCAGCUGGGACCAUAGUCACCAAGAAAACAAUUGGUAACACACUACGCCGUGAAGGACUGAAAUCCUGCAGCGCCCGCAAGGUCCCCCUGAUCAAGAAAGCACAUAUACAGGGCCGUCUGAAGUUUGCCAAUUAACAUCUGAAUGAUUCAGAGGAGAACUGGGUGAAAGUGUUGUGGUCAGAUGAGACCAAAAUCGAGCUCUUUGGCAUCAACUCAACUCGCCGUGUUUGGAGGAGGAGGAAUGCUGCCUAUGACCCCAAGAACACCAUCCCCACUGUCAAACAUGUAGGUGGAAACAUUAUGCUUUGGUGGUGUUUUUCUGCUAAGGGGACAGGACAACUUCACCGCAUCAAAGGGACGAUGGUGUACCGUCAAAUCUUGGGUGAGAACCUCCUUCCCUCAGCCAGGGCAUUGAAAAUGGGUCGUGGAGGGGUAUUCCAGCAUGACAAUGACCCAAAACACACGGCCAAGGCAACAAAGGAGUGGCUCAAGAAGAAGCACAUUAAGGUCCUGGAGUGGCCUAGCCAGUCUCCAGACCUUAAUCCCAUAGAAAAUAUGUGGAGGGAGCUGAAGGUUCGAGUUGCCAAACAUCAGCCUCGAAACCUUAAUGACUUGGAGAAGAUCUGCAAAGAGGAGUGGAACAAAAUCCCUCCUGAGAUGUGUGCAAACCUGGUGGCCAACUACAUGAAACGUCUGACCUCUGUGAUUGCCAACAAGGGUUCUUGUCAUGUUUUGCAGAGGGGUCAAAUACUUAUUUCCCUCAUUAAAAUGCAAAUCAUUUUAUAACAUUUUUGACAUGCGUUUUUAUGGAUGUUUUUGUUGUUAUUCUGUCUCUCACUGUUCAAAUAAACCUACCAUUAAAAUUAUAGACUGAUCAUGUCUUUGUCAGUGGGCAAACGUACAAAAUCAGCAGGGGAUCAAAUACUUUUUUCCCUCACUGUAAUAAGUUGCAUGGACUCUGUGUGCUAAAAUAAGCGUGUUUAACAUGAUUUUUGAGUGACUACCUCAUCUCUGUACCCCACACAUACAAUUAUCUGUAAGGUCCCUCAGUCGAGCAGUGAAUUUCAAACACCGGUUCAACCACAAAGAACAGGGAGGUUUUCCAAUGCAUCGCAAAGAAGGGCACAUAUUGGUAGAUGGGUAAAAAUAAAUAAAAAAGCAGACAUUGAAUAUCCCUUUGAGCAUGGUGGAAUUAUUCAUUACACUUUGGAUAGUGUAUCAAUACACCCAGUCACUACAAAGAUACAGGCGUCCUUCCUAACUCCGUUGCCUUAAAGGAAGGAAACCGCUCAGGGAUUUCACCAUGAGGCCAAUGGUGACUUUAACAGUUACAGAAUUGAAUGGCUGUGAUAGGAGAAAACUGAAGAUAGCUCAACAGCAUUGUAGUUACUCCACAAUACUAAGCCAAUUGAUAGAGUGAAAAGGAAGCCUGUACAGAAUAAACAAAACAUGCAUCCUGUUUGCAACAUGGCACUAAUGUAGUACUGCAAGGAAAUGAACUUGAUGUCCUGAAUACAAAGUGUUAUCUUUGGGGCAAAUCCAAUACAACACAUUACUUAGUACCACUUUCCAUAUUUUCAAGCAUAGUGGUGGCUGCAUGAUGUUAUGGGUAUGCUUGUAAUCGUUAAGGACUGGGGAGUUUUUCAGGAUAAAAAAGAACAACCAAUUUGACAGAGCUUGAAUAAUUUUGAAGACAAUAAUGGGCAAAUAUUGUACAAUCGCUGCCAAAUGUGAUUCUAACAUGUAUUGACUCAGGGGUGUGAAUACUUAUGUGAAUGAGAUAUUUCUGUAAAUGUGCAAACAUUUCUAAAAAUAUGUUUUCACUCUGUCAUUAUGGGGUAUUGUGUGUAAAUGAGCAAGGAAAAACAUAUCUAUUUAAUCCAUUUUGAAUUCAGGCUGUAACACAACAAAAUGUGGAAUAAGUUGAGGGUUAUGAAUAUUGUCUGAAGGCACUGUAUGUGUGCGUGUAUGAGUGUGUUUGACUAUGAAUGUGUGUGCUCAUGUAUUCACGUGUAUGUGUGUGUGCGUGCGUGCGUGCGUGGCUGUCAGCAUGGACACCCUGUCUGUAGGAUAUUAGUGUAGAGGCAGUCAGAGGAGACUGCUCCAACAGUUUCUUGUUGUUGUUCACCUACACACCUCAGUUAGUUGUCCCCCUCUCUCUCUCAGCCUUUUUAUAUCUGUAUGCUGUGUUCUUUACCACUGAACUAAACUGACUACUUACCAGCACCUCAGUCAAUCAGAUGAUUAAGAUCUACACACACACACACACACACACACACACACACACACACACACACACACACACACACACUACAGCACAAUGUUCCCAUUGAAAAGGCCUUUUGGCUGAUACUUCCCUUCAAUGAAACAUUCCAAGGCCUUUUAGAGUUCACCUCAGCUAAUAAAUCAUGUUCUAUCUCCUUCAGAUCAGCUCAGCCACCGCUGCUUUCUCUGUGUACUGUAGCUUAGACCGAUCCUUUCACAAUGAUCCCAGUGAGUUAUUGGUUUCGAAAGAGGGGAGCAUUGUGUGUGUCUUAACCUGGGUCUCCCCUCUCUGUGCAUGAGUGCUGUCUCUGUUAGUAUCUCUCUCUCCCUCAGUCUGCCCACCCCACCUCUCAUCUGUGUGGGAUCAAAGGGUGUGGAGUAGAGCCCACCACCACGGCCCACCGUGGCCCUUUCACCCUCUCACCCACACUCUGCCAUUGAUCUCCAGGGUUACGGCCAGGUUAUGCCUCUGUCGCUGUUGACUCAGCUGACCAACUGGCUGUUUGAUGUCCGGGGCCCUUCAGACAAGCAAUACACAGCGCUGUGGCUGUAAGGCACACACACACACACACACACACGCAUAUGCACACACGCACACACACACACACUACAUACAUCAAACACACCGGCCACAGCCUACCUGUCAACUCUGGCAUUUGGCAAAAGGCUAGAGGAGGGCUGUAGUUGGUGCUGGUUAACACACGAGCUGCAACAUUCCUGCACUACAUAUGGGCUCUGACACUCCGGGAGAUGGAGGCUUUAUCUGGCCUGUCUGAGUGACUGACACCCUCUGUUUUCCUAAAAAAGCCUCAGAAGACCUUGAUAAGAGGUGUAUCAGCAUUUACUCUGAUCCUGGCUGUGAUCGCUUUCUGGGUGUGUCCGUCUGUGUGCGUGCCUGCAUUUGUGUGUGUUGAUACCACACACUGCUGCAGGCAACUGUCAAAAUAAAUGGCUCUUUAAAUAACAAGGUUAAAAUUCCUGGUGGGUCAGAGGAUGGAAGAAUGCAGGACUGAAUGGGAGAUGAGAGAUGCUCAGUCAGCUUACUCUCUCUCUGGUCUUCAUUAGCCUCCUUCUUGGCGGUGGAUUAUGAUACUGAUCAGAGGAAUCAAAAGGGGUUUGAGUUGGAGGACAGAGGACGAGCUCUAUCUCUCAAUCCAUCCAUCCUUCCAUCCCUCUGUCUCCUCUUAUCUUUCCAACUCUGUGCCAUGCGAAAGAGCAAGCACUGUUCUUCAUUUGGGGUAGUACGUCCAGGGCUGGAGGGGGCCUCCCAACAGGCCUUAAGUGAACCCCAGAUAGAGUGAGAUGUUAGGGGAUGGUGUUGGGGCCUGAUAGGGAGACACCCUGUGGUGGCUGGAUAUGUUGACUAAUGACCUGCAUAUACUGAUUGCUCUAUCCAGGUCUACCCAGGCGAUGGAGCAUGUGGUGAGCUAGAUGUCAUCUGGUGUUGAUGCUAGCCCUGUGUGUGUGUGUGUGUGUGUGUGACCCUGCACCACCUUCUCCCCACCCCUAAAGGCUGCUAUGCUGAUGCUGUACUAUUUCUGACAUGGUAGCACAUUUAUCUUGUCACCCCCACAAGAGUUUGAGAACUUCCAGUCUUCACGUCUCUCAUGAUCAUAUUUCAUAUGCCCCUUCCUCCCACUCUCCAAUUGAGACCAUUUGGAAGCCAUCUGGACACACAAACACACCUAAACACACAGCUCAGCUUCACUCCUACUGCUCUGACAGUCUGAAGUGUUUGAUAUGGUGAUAAACUGUGACUUCAGGCUGUGUGGUGAAUACCACAGCAGGAUUCAGUCUGUCUGUCCUCUCAGAUGUAAUCAGAAUCUAAUGUUUCACUGCCGCAGCCCCCUCCGUCACCCCUGUGCCCUGCAGUCCCAUGAUCAAUCUACAGCCAGCUGUCUGCCAGCCAGGGAAGACAAGGGUUUAGUUCAGUUCAGCACUCAUCAUGGACUUAUCGUCAUCUACCUGGCCUGGCAUGGCCUUGGAUAGUUAGGACUGUAAUAUAAUACCUAACUCUACGCCCCCCUCCCCUACCAACUCCAUUGGCUAGUCUGCAGCUGACAAAUGAGUGAAUAGGUGAUGUUGGUGCUCUCUCAUCCUCCUCUCCUCGUACAGUACAUUUUUGGCAACACAUGGAUAACCUUUGUUUAACCAGCUAAACAGCUGCUAUUAGCAAAAAUGUGUUUGGAGUUACAUAUUUCAGAUAAUAAGCUAUGCUAGUGUUUACACUUCCUCUUCCAAUUAUAAUGUUGGGAGGUUAAAAAUAAAAAAAAAAACUGUCUGCCAAAUCGAAUCAUUUAAAAUGUUGAUUACUUCUCCCUGCCAUUAUCAUUCACCUAAUGACAAGACAAGACGUGAACAUAUGAUGGGGGUCCAUGGGUCUUCGGUUUGCCUGGGCGGAGAUCCCUGGGCAAGAAAAGGUUGAAGACCCCUGGUCUGAGAGAAAAGGGCAGAAGCGAGGAAGGUCCAGUCAGGACGAGGCCUCUCCUCUCCUGGCUGUAGUGAGCACUGCUCCAGGCCUUAGAGGGUUCAGCCACAAUGCCAGUCCCAGAAUGAACCCGUCACAAAGCCCACCCACUUCUAUCAGAUAACACUUUGCUGCAUAACACACUGGUCCUUCACACCAGUUAGUGCGGUGUUGUCUCUCUCGCUUGGCAGUGACCUUAAACCCAUUCACGUCCUUGUAGUAUAUUUAGUACAAUAUCAAAAUGCACCACAGGACACAUUCUGUAUGGUGUAAAUCCAUGACAUUUGGUGUCGACAUAGUUAGUACAAGUGUCUAGACAGGCCACAUUGAAGAUUUUAAGAUUGUCAUUAUCUAUCAUACUUCAGCAUAUGUAUUUUGAAAUACAUUUCAGAAUUAAAUUGUUUAAAAGCAUAUAGUAUUGUUAUUUGACCUGUUCUAUUCAACUCAUUGUCAUUUGUGAACUACAGCCAUUUCUGUAUCGUACUAUAUUUAGUCUUUGGACACAUUUCAUGAAUCAGGUCAUGUGAAUACAUGUUCAAAUUAUAUAUAUAUAUACAGUGGGGAGAACAAGUAUUUGAUACACUGCCGAUUUUGCAGGUUUUCCUACUUACAAAGCAUGUAGAGGUCUGUAUUUUUUAUCAUAGGUACACUUCAACUGUGAGAGACGGAAUCUAAUACAAAAAUCCAGAAAAUCACAUUGUAUGAUUUUUAAGUAAUUAAUUUACAUUUUAUUGCAUGACAUAAGUAUUUUAUACAUCAGAAAAGCAGAACUUAAUAUCUGGUACAGAAACCUUUGUUUGCAAUUACAGAGAUCAUACAUUUCCUGUAGGUCUUGACCAGGUUUGCACACACUGCAGCAGGGAUUUUGGCCCACUCCUCCAUACAGAUCCUUCAGGUUUCGGGGCUGUCGCUGGGCAGUACGGACUUUCAGCUCCCUCCAAAUAUUUUCUAUUGGGUUCAGGUCUGGAGACUGGCUAGGCCACUCCAGGACCUUGAGAUGCUUCUUAUGGAGCCACUCCUUAGUUGCCCUGGCUGUGUGUUUCGGGUCGUUGUCAUGCUGGAAGACCCAGCCACGACCCAUCUUCAACGCUCUUACUGAGGGAAGGAGGUUGUUGGCCAAGAUCUCGCGAUACAUGGCCCCAUCCAUCCUCCCUUCAAUACGGUGCAGUCGUCCUGUCCCCUUUGCGGAAAAGCAUCCCCAAAGAAUGAUGUUUCCACCUCCAUGCUUCACGGUUGGGAUGGUGUUCUUGGGGUUGUACUCAUCCUUCUUCUUCCUCCAAACACGGUGAGUGGAGUUUAGACCAAAAAGCUCUAUUUUUGUCUCAUCAGACCACAUGACCUUCUCCCAUUCCUCCUCUGGAUCAUCCAGAUGGUCAUUGGCAAACUUCAGACGGGCCUGGACAUACGCUGGCUUGAGCAGCGGGACCUUGCGUGCGCUGCAGGAUUUUAAUCCAUGACGGCAUAGUGUGUUACUAAUGGUUUUCUUUGAGACUGUGGUCCCAGCUCUCUUCAGGUCAUUGACCAGGUCCUGCCGUGUAGUUCUGGGCUGAUCCCUCACCUUCCUCAUGAUCAUUGAUGCCCCACGAGGUGAGAUCUUGCAUGGAGCCCCAGACCGAGGGUGAUUGACCGUCAUCUUGAACUUCUUCCAUUUUCUAAUAAUUGCACCAACAGUUGUAGCCUUCUCACCAAGCUGCUUGCCUAUUGUCCUGUAGCCCAUCCCAGCCUUGUGCAGGUCUACAAUUUUAUCCCUGAUGUCCUUACACAGCUCUCUGGUCUUGGCCAUUGUGGAGAGGUUGGAGUCUGUUUGAUUGAGUGUGUGGACAGGUGUCUUUUAUACAGGUAACGAGUUCAAACAUGUGCAGUUAAUACAGGUAAUGAGUGGAGAACAGGAGGGCUUCUUAAAGAAAAACUAACAGGUCUGUGAGAGCCGGAAUUCUUACUGGUUGGUAGGUGAUCAAAUACUUAUGUCAUGCAAUAAAAUGCAAAUUAAUUACUUAAAAAUCAUACAAUGUGAUUUUCUGGAUUUUUGUUUUAGAUUCUGUCUCUCACAGUUGAAGUGUACGUAUGAUAAAAAUUACAGACCUCUACAUGCUUUGUAAGUAGGAAAACCUGCAAAAUCGGCAGUGUAUCAAAUACUUGUUCUCCCCACUAUAUAUAUAUAUAUAUAUAUAUAUAUAUCUAUAUAUAUCUAUAUAUAUAUAUAUAUAUAUAUAUAUAUAUAUAUAUAUAUAUAUAUAAAGAAAUCAACACACAUUCUCUUUCACACACCCAACCCUAGAGUCCAUGAAGUAUAAGCAAAUCCAUUGCAAGUCAAUGGAGACUGGAGAGUGAGUCAUUUUACAGCGUUUUCCCUCUUUCUCAGAUCUUAAACGUGUGGAUUUCUUUAGAUAUUGUUUUAAUACAGUGCCUUCAGAAAGUAUUCACACCCCUUGACUUUGUCCACAUUUUGUUGUUAUACAGACUGAAUUUGAGAUUUUGUGUCACUGGCCUACACACAAUACCCCAUAAUUUCAAAGUGGAAUUAUGUUUUUCGAAAAUGGAACAAAUUAAUAAAAAAUGAAAAGCAGACAUUUAAUAUCCCUUUGAGCAUGAUGAAGUUAUUAAUUACACUUUGGAUGGUGUAUCAAUACACCUAGUCACUACAAAGAUACAGGUGUCCUUCCUAACUCAGUUGCCGGAGAGGAAGGAAACCUCUCUGGGAUUUCGCCAAUGUUGACUUAAAAAAAGUUAGAGUUUAAUGGCUGUGAUAGGAGAAAACAGAGGAUGGAUCAACAACAUUGUAUGUAGUUACUCCACAAUACUAACCUAAAUGUCAGAGUGAAAAGCAGGAAACCUGUACAGAAUUAAAAUAUUCCAAAACAUGCAUCCUGUUUGCAACCAGGCACUAAAGUAAAACUGCAAAGAAAAUUGCAAAGAAAUGAACUUUAUGUCCUGAAUAUAAAGUGUUAUGUUUGGGGCAAAUCCAACACAUCCCUGAGUACCACUCUUCAUAUUUUCAAGCAUGGUGGUGGCUGCAUCAUGUUAUGGGUAUGCUUGUCAUCGGCAAGGACUAUGGAGUUUUUUUAGGAUAAAAAGAAACGGAAUAGAGCUAAGCAUAGGCAAAAUCCUAGAGGAAAACCUGGUUGUCUGCUUUUCAACAGACACUGGGAGACAAAUAUACACUGGAGUUGCUUAUCAAGACGUUAUUGAAUGUUCCUGAGUGGCUUAGUUACAGUUUUGACUGAAAUCGGCUUGAAAAUCUAUGGCAAGACUUGAAAGUGGCUGUCUAGCAAUGAUCAACAACCAACUUGAGAGAACUUUAUUUUUAUAAUAAAUUUAAUCCAUUUUGAAUUCAGGCUGUAACACAACAAAAUGUGGAAUAAGUGAAGGGGUAUGAAUACUUUCUGAAGGCACUGUAUUGGUCCAGACAAUUAUUAAGAUUUGAACAUGUUCAAGAUAUGAGAAAGAGAGAGAACACUGUAAAAUGACUCACUCUCCAGUCUCCAUUGAAUUUGCAUAUACUGCAUAUAAUCUAGGGGUGUGUGAGAGCGAGAGAGAGUGUGUGUAUUUCUUUAGAUAUUGUUUAUAUACAGUGCAUUCGGAAAUUAUUCAGACCCCUUGACUUUUGCUCAACAUAUGGAACUCCUUCAAGAUUGUUGCAAAAGCAUUCCUCAUGAGCUGGUUGAGAGAAUGCCAAGAGUGUGCAAAGCUGUCAUCAAGGCAAAGGGUGGCAUUCUCUCAACCAGCUUCACCUGGAAUGCUUUUCCAACAGUCUUGAAGGAGUUCCCACAUAUGCUGAGCACUUGUUGGCUGCUUUUCCUUCACUCUGCGGUCCAACUCAUCCCAAACCAUCUCCAUGCUUCACGGUGGGAACCACACAUGCGGAGAUCAUCCGUUCACCUACUAUGUGUCUCACAAAGCCACGGCGGUUGGAACCAAAAAUCUCACAUUUGGACUCAUCAGACCAAAGGACAGAUUUCCACCGGUCUAAUGUCCAUUUCUCGUGUUUCUUGGUGCAAGCAAGUCUCUUCUUCUUAUUGGUGUCCUUUAGUAGUGGUUUCUUUGCAGCAAUUCGACCAUGAAGGCCUGAUUCACGCUGUCUCCUCUGAAUAGUUGAUGUUGAGAUGUGUCUGUUACUUGAACUCUGUGAAGCAUUUAUCUGGCCUGCAAUUUCUGAGGCUGGUAACUCUAAUAAACUUAUCCUCUGCAGCAGAGGUAACUCUGGGUCUUCCUUUCCUGUGGCGGUCCUCAUGAGAGCCAGUUUCAUCAUAGCGCUUGAUGGUUUUCAAAGUCCUUGAAAUGUUCCGUAUUGACUGACCUUCAUGUCUUAAAGUAAUGAUGGACUGUCGUUUCCCUUUGCUUAUUUGAGCUGUUCUUGUCAUAAUAUGGACUUGGUCUUUUACCAAAUAGGGCUAUCUUCUGUAUACCACCCCUACCUUGUCACAUCACAACUGAUUGGCUCAAAACAGAGCAUAUGAGCGGAGUGUAGCGGUGAGAAUCUCAGCUCCUCGCUCACGGAGCUGUUCACCCCUCCGCUCCCCCCGCUCAAAGCCACAUCAGGCCAGUCCGCUCAUUAUCGCUCAGCGCUCAACGAAGUUUGCAUCGCGCUCCACUCAAAUCGCCCGCUCGCUCGCUCCAAAAAAGGAAAAAAAUCUGCAUGUAUUUCACUUUUAGCCUAAACCACAGCCUUACCUCCCAAAGAACUAAAGAGCAACGACAACAUUUUCCAAAUAGAAAUGUUUUAUUUCAAAUUACAAAUUAGGCCUAGCCUAUGUAAGAAGGAAUAUACACAAAAAGUCCUGUAAAAUUAAACGAAUCAAUGGGCCUAAUUAUAUAAAUAAAAAUAUACAGGCUAUACAUCAAAGUUUUAAAAGUAAAUUAACUAUUAGGCCAAAAUUCUGAUAACUGAACUUUUGCGCAGCUUGCACGUGGAUUAAAAUUAAAAUUGUCUUAUAUCCAUUGUCAAACUUUAAAAUAAAAUGUAAAAAAAUGAAUUGCUUUCCUUAUCUACAGUUCUUUUGAGUUCACCUUCAAGAACACAAGUUUGGCCAAAGUCUGAGGCUUCAGACUCAUGCGGUGGUUUCUUGACAGCAGGCCAGCAGCGGAGAAAACCCUCUCUGCGCUCGCAGACCCGCUUGGGAUGCUGAACACAAUGCGAGCUACUUUAGCCAGGCGGGGAAAAGACGUGGAGUUUUCUUUCCAAAAUCGAAUAACAUCUGCGUCUGGGUUCUGUCUCAGGGAUGAGAGGUAAUUUUCGACUUCACCUUUGGCGUCUCCGGUUAUGCGUAGCUGCUCGCUGAAGUAUGACCCGAACAGGCGAGCUCUUUUUGGUUCAGGCUCGGGAUUCAGGUCAGCGGCGGGUGGGGUGUCUGUCUCGUGUGUCCCGCUGGGAGCAUUCAUUUCCUCAACUUCUUUUAUGAGGAGGUUGUGGAUCUCCCCGAGUUUGUUGCAUACAGACUCAUCUCGGAUUAUCCAUUCUGUCUUGAAACGGGGAUCUAACACUGAUGCUAAAAUGAGAUGUUUAUCAGUAUAGUAUAUUCCAUAACGAAUUGACACGUUGUUUGCCAAUGUUUCUGCAAAAGCAGCGAUGCCCAUUGGAAGUGCAGCGUGAGUGUAAUCGGUGAGCAGGGAUUUGAUUUCUGUGACAGCAGGGAGGAUCAUCCCCAGGUUCCCCAGCUCCUUCUGCAUUUUGUCUGUGAGGUCUGCUAGUGGUGUCAGCACACUGACAAGGUGCGUCAGCUGCUGUACUUGAUUCAGGGUGAUGUUAGCAACAUUAGACUUGAGUUUGUUUUGCCAUAACGGGUCUUUUUGGAACAACCGGAUUAACGACUGAAUCAUCCGCAGCUGGCUGCUCCAUCGAGUGGCGCAGGCAUUUGUGGGGCGGACACCUAAUUGGUCGGUUUCCUCUGUGUUCAGGGUGCUCUUGCGUACACUUUUCACCAGGUGCCCGACUUUCACUAACAGCCUAUUAAUGUUGUCGUGCUCGUUAAUGGCGUCUUUGAUCGCCAGCUGAAGCAUGUGAAUGGGGCAUCUCAGAUGUAAAUUUGACACAGUAAAGUACUGAUUUAUCAUAGUUUCUACAUUAGAGGUUAUCACUUCCACAUGGACUUGCGAGGGCGCAGGUGGUCCCUCAUCCUCCUCUUCAUGUUCUGCACUGCUGCUGGCAUCCGCGGUCACUUCACCCUCCGCCUCCUCUUCAGUGCCAGGGAGGAGGUUAAAUGCCUUGAUCAUGUUGCUGGCACUGUCAGUGACGACCCGAAUCACACGUCGUUGCACGUUCCAAUAUUUCAGUACACUUUCAUACUUUUGGUAAAUACGAUCUGCGGUAUGGUGCCCCUGUAUGUGCUCACAGCCCAACAAAACCGUGUGCCCCCGGAACGUCCCAUCAAUGAAACUGGCCACGAUGCCAAGGAAGCUGUGCCCUCUUCUACUGGUCCAAAUGUCCGCAGACAGAACGAGCCCAUCACCAUUUUGCAGUAGGUCUUGCAGUUUGGCUUCCAUCUCUUCCAGGGCAUGUGGCAUGAGUGUGUCCCGUACGGUGUUGUAGCAUGGGGGGGUGUAGCCCGGUUGAGCUGCGCUGGCGAAGUGUUGCAUCCCUUCGCGUUCUCCUUUACUCAGUGGUUCAUAGUCCAUGUAAAUCAUUUUAAAAAAUGCUACAUCCAGCUCUCUUUUUCUCUCCCUUGUUAUGGUUGGGCCUUUGCGUGCAGUGAAGAAACUUUUGAAUUCCUCAACCCUUUUCUCUUGUUGCUGCUGCUGCUCCUCUUGCUCUAUAAAAUACAAAUUCAUGGACGACACAAAUUAAAUUAAACAAACCAUAUAUUAGGCCUACUUUGAAUGACAAAACAAAUUUGUUUGAAUAUUAGGCUAUAUUUACUUUACACUUUUGUUACAAGUUACCCUAUUCAACUUGCUAACCUUUUGCUUUCUUCCCAGCGUGUUCACGUAGCACACUUUCGUGUUUUCGAGAGAUGUGUCUUUUUAGAUUCCAAAAUGAAUCUUUACUGACUGAAACGAUGUCACCACAUUCUUUUUCUUGAACCACAUUAUCAUUGUUAGUUAGUUUUAUAUUAAUAGUACACCUGUAUGACUUCUCAUUUUCCUUUUUGAAGUACUUGGUGAACUCCAUUAUUGAGCCGAGUUUUGACUGAAAAUAGUCUACUGUUGAUGACUGUGCAAGACACAGAUGGAUUCUGGGUCAGGCUUGAGCAUGCUUCAGACUCGUGGUGUGAGCAGAGCGAAAUUGGAGCGGGACAUAGGGCGACGCUCUGUCCUUUUAAAAAUGCCGCUCUGUGCUCUGUCCAAAAUCCGUCCGCUCGCGCUCCCCGCUCGCUCCCGCUCCACUCCGCUCACAUGCUCUGGCUCAAAAGCAUUAAGAAGGAAAGAAAUUCCACAUAUUAACUUUUAAGAAGGCACACCUGUUAAUUGAAAUGCAUUCCAGGUUACUACCUCAUGAAGCUGGUUGAGCGAAUGCCAAGAGUGUGCAAAGCUGUCAUCAAGGCAAAGGGUGGCUACUUUGAAGAAUCUCAAAUAUAAAAUAUAUUUUGAUUUGUUUAACACUUUUUUGGUUACUACAUGAUUCCAUAUGUGUUAUUUCAUAGUUUUGAUGUCUUCACUAUUAUUCUAUGUAGACAAUAGUAAAAUUAAAGAAAAACCCUUGAAUGAGUAGGUGUGUCCAAACUUUUGACUGGUACUGUAUACAUACUUUUGGUCAUGUAGUGUGUAUAUAUAUAUGUAGUGUGUGUAUGCAGUACCAGUGUGUGUGUGUGUGUGUGUGUGUGUGUGUGUGUGUGUGUAUAUAUAUCGUCAAACAUCUCAUUCCAAAAUCAUGGGUAUUAAUAUGGAGUUGGUCCCCCUUUUGCUGCUAUAACAGCCUCCACUCUUCUGGGAAGGCUUUCCACUAGAUGUUGGAACAUUGCUGCAGGGUCUUCCAUUCAGCCACAAGAGCAUUAGUGAGGUCGGGCACUGAUGUUGGGCAAUUAGGCCUGGUUCGCAGUCGGCGUUCCAAUUAAUCUCAAAGGUGUUUGAUGGGGUUGAGGUCAGGGCUCUGUGCUGGCCAGUCAAGUUCUUACACACCGAUCUCAACAAACUAUUUCUGUAUGGACCUCACUUUGUGCACGGGGGCAUUGUCAUGCUGAAACAGGAAAGGGCCUUCCCCAAACUGUCGCCACAAAGUUGGAAGCACAGAAUCGCUAGAAUGUCAUUGUAUGCUGUAGCGUUAAGAUUUCCCUACACUGGAACUAGGUGGCGUAGCACGAACCAUGAAAAACAGCCCCAGGCCAUUAUUCCUCCUCUGCCAAACUUUACAGUUGACACUAUGCAUUGGGACAGGUAGCAUUCUCCUGGCAUCCGCCAAACCCAGAUUCGUCCGUCGGACUGCCAGAUGGUGAAGUGUGAUUCAGCACUCCAGAGAACGCUUUGCCACUGCUACAGAGUCCAAUGGCGGCAAGCUUUACACCGCUCCAGCCGACACUUGGCAUUGCGCGUGGUGAUCUUAGGCUUGUGUGCGGCUGCUUGGCCAUGGAAACCCAUUUCAUCAAGCUCCAGACGAACAGUUCUUGUGCUGACAUUGCUUCUAGUGGCAGUUUGGAACUCGGUAGUGAGUGUUGCAAUCGAGGACAGACGGUUUUUACGCGCUUCAGCACUCUGCGGUCCCGUUCUGUGAGCUUGUGUGGCCUAAAACUUCGCGUCUGAGCCGUUGUUUCUCCUAGACGUUUCCACUUCACAAUAACAGCACUUACAGUUGACCGGGGCAGCUCUAGCAGGGCAGAAAUUUGACAAACUGACUUGUUGGAAAGGUGGCAUCCUAUGACGGUGCCAAGUUGAAAGUCACUAAGCUCUACAGUAAGGCCAUUCUACUGCCAAUGUUUGUCAAUGGAGAUUGCAUGUCUGUGUGCUCGAUUUUAUACACCUGUCAGCAACGGAUGUGGCUGAAAUAGCCGAAUCCACUAAUUUGAAGGGGUGUCCACAUACUUUUGUGUAUAUACCAAAUAUUAUUAAGAUCUGAUAAUUUGAACAUGUAUUCACAUGACUUGAUUCCUGAAAUGUGUCCAAAGACUAAAUAUAGUACAAUAUCAAAAACUCUCAUUGUAGAGAAACACUUUGGCCAAUUAAAAAAGUAUUUAUUCUGAUUUGUCAAUCAGUAAGCUCAGAGAACAAGUGUACCAAAGGAAAUUAUAAAUUUCCGUUAUGGACAUGAAGGGGUUAACUCACUUUUGCCCUCUGCAUGAGGAUCUCCAAUUCCUCUCGUGAGGGCUUUUGGAGGGGUUCUUUCGAAAGAGCUUGUUUGAGGCCCCAAUUGUCUUCAUCCAUCCAGUAUUGACAGUCAGUGUCUUUUGGGUUAGGAGAGGCGUAUUGAAUUAGUUUGUAAUGGGAUUGGCCCUAGAUUGUGUGUCUUGUUCUGAGGGACCUAAUGGGGAUAUGGUGGUGAGCUGGAAUAAUGAAAAGCACUUACUGUGGUGAAAAGUAUUCUCUUUCUUUUUCUUUCUUUCUCACACUCUCUCUGUUUAUUCUUCAUUUUCUCCUCUCCACCUUUCUCUCUCUCUCUCUCUCUCUCUCUCUCUCUCUCUCUCUCUCUCUCUCUCUCUCUCUCUCUCUCUCUCUCUCUCUCUCUCUCUCUCUCCUUUCUUUGCUCUCUCUCUCUCUGCAGAAGAAGGCGCGGGAGUGUAUGCAGCUGCGUCUAGGGAUACUACGAGGUGAGCUGGAGAGACAGAGGAAAGUGCUGGGCCGGGAGACAGACCUGCGGCAGAAGGAGAGAGCACAGCUUCAGAAGAAAGGUAAAGGGUAUUUGGAGUUACAGACACAAUAGACUGGGAUUUCCAAGCCACGAGAUAUUACAAUUUCAAAUAGCAGACAUUGUGGGGACUGGGGUCCAUAUGAGAUUGUACUCCUAAUAUGUACCUUACACUGGGGUUGUCCUAAACGGCACCCUAGUAUUCCCUAUAUAGUGCACUACCUUUGACACAGCCUACGAGACUGGUAUACUGACGGUCAGCCAACUGCCGUUCUUGGACUACUGUAUUUUACUGCAUGUUCCACUCCAGACCAUUACAGUACACUAGAGUACAGUACAACAUCUCACACACAGGAAACCUCUUUCACUGUUGACUGGCUGGAGUCUCUGAGUCACUCCACUAGUGACAGUUUUUCCCCUGGCUGUGCGACACUCUCAGACAGAGACUUUUCUGUGUCGGCCAGCCAGAUUGUCCUUCCAGGGCCGGUAAAGUCGUUGAGUCAAUUAUAUGGGUUCAAUAACAGAAUAACUGCUGGCUCUAUCAUGUCUGGGAUGGGUGGGUUUGUUUUACUGGCAAGUUUACUGCUGCAUAUCCGUUAUGUCCGCAGGGAAAUAAAAAACCUAGCAGAGUUCAUAGUCAACACCCACCGUGAUGGGCACUUACAGACAGGUUCACACAUGUGCAUGCACAUGCACACGUAAUAGAUCAUACAGUACAGUACAUACAUACUUGUAUGGCAUUGAUAUUAAUGUCUUGGCCCAGAUACAGGUGGCUUAGAUCAUUAAAACUAGUGAAUCACAUCUUUUAAGUACUUACACAGCUGUCCUGUACGUAGUAUAGGCAUUCAUUCAUUCUGUGACUGUGAGGUGUGUUAUCAACCUUUCAUAAAAAAUGGCACCCGCUAGUCAUAGGAGGAAUAUGAGCAAACAGGGAAGGCACAUCAAAUGAGCUUCCAGUCGUUUUGAGAGGUCAUGUCUCGGAUGGACCUGGGACCAGAUCAGGUUGACCCUCCACUCCUUGUGUCCGAGUGAUUUUCAAAGCUUUCGCUUCUGACAGACCCAUCCGUCUCCCUCUCUCUGUCUUCCGCUCUCCGUCUCCCUCCCUCCUUCUACCUCUCCUGUUUUCUCUGACCAGUCUGUUAGUGUAUUUGUUUAACAGCAGUGUGGGGUGGGCAGUGUUGGUUAACAGCAGGGUAUGGUAGGGUGUGUUCAAAGAGGACUGGGGGGGACUAAGGCUGUGAUGGAUCCAGGUUUUGUGUUUGGCCAAGGCGCAGGACGCCAUGCUGGCUUGGUUCUCCCUAAGAUGACUUCUGUUAAUGAUUUGACUGGUUGUCUGCACUGCAGACCAUCAUCCGCACUGCAGCCCAUCAUCCCUGCACACACUGUGUUCAUACCCUCCAGGCUCACACACAGUAGGCCACACACAGUAGGCCACACACACACACACACACACACACACACACACACACACACACACACACACACACACACACACACACACACACACACACACACACACUACUAGGAGGGGUCAGGGUAAGGUUGUCUUUGUGUCCCCGUCCUGACAAAUGGCCCUUAAUCCUCUGUCACCACUCAGACCACUGCUGGAUGGAAUUCUUGCAGGCUCAGAUUAAGAAUGUCAUUUGUGAAGAGAGGACGUGUGUUUAUUUAAAGAGAGAAGGAAAAGUACCUGGUAGUGGACAAGAUCAGGUUAGGUAUGUAUGGUUUCUACAGCAAGAGACCUGGUCACCUGACUCACCUCAGUGAACAACGAGGGCCAGAGUCUCUGAUCUCUUCCCACGUCCCCCCCAUGCUGCCCACGUGGCUAGAUCACAUUGAGCUUUACUGAAACACAGUCUGGGAAUGCAGCCUUUAGGAUCAUAUCACAUUUGCUCUGUCUGUUUCCGGUCCUCAUUCCUUUCUGUGAAAUGACUGUUUUUCAGACGAUCCCCUUUACUGUAAAAACAAAUGGGGGUCAAACCCAAAUAUACAGCACCUACAGGGGUGUUUGUGUGAGGGUGCAGGCAUGUGAGGAAUGCUAUGAAGCUGGCAGACGCCCGCAGGCUCUCUCUGUGUGUGUGUGUGUGUGUGUGUGUGUGUGUGUUUGUGUGUGUGUGUGUGUGUGUGUGUGUGUGUGUGUGUGUGUGUGUGAGUGCUACACUUAGCCACCCCUGACAGUGUGUGAACUUCCAGCUGAUAGGACAGCACCAGGGCCAGUGAUCAUCUUGAUGACAGGUUAACGACUGGCUGUACAAUGGCCGCUGAUUUGCUAUGAUGGUGGACUGCAUCCCUGUGUGUGUUUGUGUGCAUGCGUAUGCGUGUGAAUGCCUGUGUUUGUGUAUGCAUGUGUAAGAGGACUGAGGAGAGCUGUGAUUCUUCACCGAGACAAAGCCCAGAGAAGACGGAGCAUUAUUUUAACCUUAACCCCCACAGCCUUCUGCUUAAUGUACAGUCAUGGCGUCAACACUACUCUUCCUCUGGUUCGCUUUUUUCUUGUCACAAUUUCCUCUCGCCUAAUAUUCCCCUCUACCACCUUGAGCAGACGUUAUAAAUUAGGACAGUAAAAAGUCUUUAUCGUGGUUAUUAACAGUGCCACGGCACUUAUUAACUGCCACGGCACCGAGGCGAAUGAAGGCCAAUAAACGUCAGUGGCGGAGUUAGUUACCUAGAGUUAAGAGUCAGGGUUUAUAAAGUGGCGAGAGAUGUGGGGGUAUCUAUCACAUCAACACACUGGACAGCUCAGCACUCUUGUCCCCACAUUAAACCUAUCACCAUUACACCCACAGUCACCAGUUCCCUCAGCUGCAUAGUGGCCGUGAGUGAGUGAGGGCGAGAGAGGGAGACUGUCUUACUAAUGAGUGAUAGAGUGGUAUUACUGGUCUGGACAUGGGCCUAGAGGAGUUAUAAUAGGAACAACUAGAGAGACCUUUCUCACUGUCAUUCAUUUUCUUUCUCCCUCUACCCUCUUUGUUCUCCCACACGGAGAGUGUUGGAGAACAAGAUGUUCUUCUCAGGCCUUUCAUCAGGACAGAAGAGAGGAGAGCAGGAUGGAGAGAACAUCGCAGGGCCCUAGAAAAGGGAAAGAAAAGGAAAGGAGGUCUUAUUAAAGGGCAGACAUCCUAUGAUGUUUCAUGGCUUUCUGUCUCUAACCAACACGGGUCACAGGACAGUCACUUCCUCCAUCGUUACACAGUAACACACCCUGUCCUUGUUUCAUGUUUUUAUCCCCUUCUACCUCCAGCUUUCCUUUGCUCUCCCUCCCUUCCACUUUCUCUCUUUUCUCUCUCUCCCUCUCCUCUCUCACUCUCUAUUUCGCUUUCCUUUCUACUGAGCUGGAAAGAGGUAGCUCUUUAUACGAGGGCGUGUGGCCGUUUUUCCACUCAUGACAUGGAGGUAGUGAAGGUGGAUAUGAUUAUUUUGUCUCUGAGGAGAGAACACAACAACAUUGGAGGGCGAUGAAAGAAUAACAUCUCUAAAGCUGUGUGACGUAGCCAAACAUGGCACUGCAGCGUAGCCUUCCACACACACACACACACACACACACACACACACACACACACACACACACACACACACACACACACACACACUCACACAUGUUUUUACACACACACACACACACACACACACGUGUCUCCAUUUGUUUUAGUUUGGCGGCAGAGGCUUUGAUGCGACGGGGAUGGAGGGAGGGGGGGUUAGUAGUGGCGGUUACAUAAAAGCCAGGGUGAGCUCAGGGCCUAUGCAGGUGAAGGGGGACCCAACCUUUUGAACGCUGUUUUCGAGACAUGGUUUAAACCAGAAGGGCUGACUAAUCUGCCCAGUCCCAAACAGUAUCUUUCUCGUCAUCCCUAAUCUGAUGAAGAUUUGGCCCUGGCACCCGAACCUACCCUUCUCUCUUCCUCCUUGCACCCCCCCUCUAUCCUCCCCUCCACUCCUACUUUGGUCUUCCUGUCUGGGCAGACCAGCUUUGACAGGUAACAUGCAGUGGAAGAGAAGUUCAGUUAAACCAGCUGGGUUUUAAAUUGUGUGUAAAGACGAGUGUGUAUUGGAGCCACUCUAUCUGUUCUCUAUUCAGCUUGUCAACAGCGAGGUACAUGAGAUGGGAUGGUUGGGAGGAAGUUGGGGUUGGUAUUGAUGCCUGAUAGCCAGAUCUUGGGCCAUAUUUGUUCAGGUAAAGAUGUUUAUGCCUUUUGAAUGUGUUACUGAACAUACUGUACCAAAGUCAAGUGUUUUCUAUUAACACACAAAACAAUGUUUGUUCAUUUAGUCAAAAACUCUUUGUCCCAUCGUACAUUGUUCCAGGUGCAGAAUUGGAACUGUGGUUUUAAUAUGCCUAGCUACAUCCGUAUCAGUGUUUAAAUUUGUAAUCACACUUCCUUAUCUAAAUGCUUCUAUUUAUUUGACUUCAUUUGACUUCAAAAGUCAAACAAAUCCUGCCAUCAUUAUUCAUGUGUAGUGGUUUUAUGUGGUGUGUGUCGGAAGGAAAAGUUUUUUCCCCCUGAUCAAUGUAACCGUGUGAUGUUACCAGUGUUUAAUGUGGUUGGCAUUAGACCAAGAAACACGCCCAGACACCUGUGUAAAUUUACCAGGACAGAACACACCUGGUAAUUUACCACCUCAUUCUCUCUCUCUCUCUCUCUCUCUCUCUCUCUCUCUCUCUCUCUCUCUCUCUCUCUCUCUCUCUCUCUCUCUCUCUCUCUCUCUCUCUCUCUCUCUCUCUCUCUCUCUCUCUCUCUCUCUCUCUCUCUCUCUCUCUCUCAUCCCCCCUUAUCUCUCCCUAGAGGAAGCAUUCUCCACCAAACACCAGAGUCUGGGGAUGGAGAGGGAGUCGUUAACAGAGCAGCAGAAAGAAUGCACUGCCAAAAGGUACGUGUCAACCUGUAAUUGAAGCAUUUAUUUAUUCACGCGCACACACACACACGCUCCAUCCCGUUGGUUCUCUACGCCAUCUGCUAGAAAUUACCCAGACCCCACAGAAUGGUGUGUUCAAAUAUGCUGUCAAUUGUUCUAAAUCCUGUGGAGAGAUUACAUUCUGCUUACAAAGAGGGGUGUUGGCUCGGUGCUGCCUAUUUGUAGUUUUAGCCUGAGAGAGAGUAAGCAGAUUGUGUCAAAGACCAGUCUGAUGUGUUUGUCUUGGCCUGCAGGGGUGCACCCUGGAUACAGAGUUAGUUUGGCUGGGUACCUGGCAGUGAUGGGGUCAAGGCAGAGCAGAAGCAACAGCACAGCACAGCACUGCUACAGUAUACACACUAGCUAUAGCUGGCCGGGCAGAGAAACCCACCAACGCAUCAUGUAACCAGGGAAAUUUACUUUGACAUUCAUGCAUCUGCCUAACAUCCACUCCUGGAAAAAAAGUGUAUUUAAAGUUCAUUGGGUGAAAAAAAAGUAUUUGUUAGGGAGAGUUGCUGAGUUCAUGUAAUAACCAGGUUCCUGUAAAUGUGUCUGCCUUUGAUGGUGUGGGUUUGAUGUGGGGAUUGUCUUGCAUCUGGGCUUAACCAGAACAGAUAAGAGAAAGCCUGCUGUACUGAGAUGUGAGGUUUCUAUGGCGGUUUCUAUGAAGGAAGGGUCAGAUCAAAUGAUUGACAUGGUAAUCAUCUGGAUCUUCUGAGCCUACAAAGCCACCACAGUAAGACCAGAGAUUUUCAACUGUAUAAUGGUAAGGGCCAAGGCAGGCAGCCGACCAAAGGCAGAGCAGAAUGGAGGGGGCGAGGAGCAUGGAGGAAAGGCUGUUCAUAUCCAAUGAUCAUUUUCUCCCCAACACCUUUUCAUCUGUCUGAAUUGAUGGGCCAUUAUCCACAAAACUGUACUCCCCAAGUGCUGGUUUAAAUUGUUGAAUGGGACACGCACACAUAGUCAAACAUGUGCACACACAAUGUACACAUAGGCCAUACUGUGUAUAUAUAACACACAACCACACACACACACACACACACACUUUUGAGUUCUCUGACUUGUCUGAAGUCAGACUCCAGUAGCCGUCAAGAGGUGGACAUAAGAAAGCAAACAUUAUUCCAGACGUUUCCCCUUCUCACCUAGGCAGGUCAGGCUCAUUGGUUGUCCCCCCCGCCAAGUCUGCUAAUGGAACAGCUCAGAGCUGGUCUAAGGGGCCUGUGGUGAUUUUUGGACCUGUCCCGGGGGGGGGGGACCCAUGAUUUAAUUAGGCAGUUAUGAUAAUUGAGUUGCUCUUACAAUUACUGUGGAGAUGAUUCAGAGCUGAGCCAUUAGGUCUCUCUCAUCCAGGCCUGGGCCAAGACAUACACACCCUUGCUGUUCUCUUCAACCUCAGUCUCCCAUUAACGCACCGUCACCCCUCAUUACUAACGUACACCCUACCUACACCCUUAUUUUCUCUCUCUCUCUCUCUCUCUCUCUCUCUCUCUCGCUCUCUCUCUCUCUCUCUCUCUCUCUCUCCAGCUGAGAUGUCAGGUCUCGCCUCACGUCUUUCCCCAUCCCCUCUAUUGUUAUUUUUCUCUCACCUGUUAUUCAUAUACACUGAGUAUACCAAAUAUUAAGAACACCUUCCAUGGACUCUACAAGGUGUCGAAAGCGUUCCACAGGGAUGCUGGCCCAUGUUGACUCCAAUUCUUCCCACAGUUGUGUCAAGUUGGCUGGAUGUCCUUUUUUGAUACACACAGGAAACUGUUGAGCGUGAAAAACCCAGCAGCGUUGCGGUUCCUGACACUCUCAAACCGGUGCGCCUGGCACCUACUACCAUACCCCGUUCAAAGGCACUUCAAUCUUUUGUCUUGCCUAGGAACCCUCUGAAUGGCACACAUACUGUACGCAAUCCAUGUCUCAAUUGUCUCAAGGCUUAAAAAUCCAUAAUGAACCCGUCUCCUCCCCUUCAUGUAUACUGAUUGAAGUGGAUUUAACAAGUGACAUUAAUAAGGGAUCAUAGCUUUCACCUGGAUUCACCUGGUCAGUCUAUGUCAUGGAAAGAGCAGGUGUUCCUAAUGUUUUGUACACUCAGUGUAUAUUACGGUACUGUAGAGUGCCUUCCCCCGGUCUCUCUCGCUAUCCCCCCUUUCUCCUCUUCGUCACCUCCUCAUCUCUCCCUUACACCCGUUUUCCGUCAUUUCCCCCUUUCUAUCCUCCUGCCUCUCUAUAUCCCUGUCUCCAGUCCUCCCUCUGUUCUCUUCCUCCUCCUCUGUUACUGUCCUCUUUGUGUUGCUCAGUGAGUCUGACUGAGUCAUCAAGUGACUGUGUGACGGUCUCUGUGUCUGUCUCCCCAGAGAACUGUUUCUCAAGUCCAAUGCUCAGCUCACCUUCCGCUGUCGUCAGCUCCUCUCUGAGCUCUCCUACAUCUACCCCAUCGACGUGGUCACCACACCCGUGAGUAACCUCCUCCUGAGUAGCACACACACACACACACACACACACACACACACACACACACACACACACACACACACACACACACACAGACACAGACACACACAUUCCUCCUACAGUCAUGUCUGGUGUCACACUAGAAAUUAGCCUAGUCCCAUAUACUACACAGUAUGGGCUGUAGUCAGCUCUAUGGCAUGACAACUAUGGAGAACAAGAGAGAAAGCCUUGAGUGAGAGAAGAGAAAAGCUUGAGAAGAAAUGCUUUCUCAGCCCUUUGGACUCUUUGGAGUGGCCAACCACUUACAUUCCCUGUGUUUUGAAAUCAUUUAAAGUUUCAAUCUGAAAUGUUCUGCGACGGAGCUGAACAGCUUAAAUACUCAGUGGUCAUUAAAAUACCAUUUCUAAGGAGAGAGUCCUCUUUGCUCCCGAAGCUUUUCCCUUUCCUCUCUAUGUUUUCUCUCUUGUUUUCUGAAUAUGGUAUUGUUGCUUCUUGGAUUCUCAUCCUCAUAAAACUCGUUUAAUUUCCCUGCAGGCUAAUCAGUCCGAUUAUGUCAUCUGUGGAGUGAAGCUGCCCAACUCUGAGGAUUUCCAAGGUAACGUAUCUAUUUCAACGGGAAACGGAAGGGUUUGGAGUGACACAGAGACACGCAUAAAACAGGGGGCAUCUGCUUCCUUUUAUUGAAGGUUCAAACUGACCUCUCUUUUGGUUCUACAUCACCAUCUACAUAUAAUAAGUGUGAGCCAGUACUCCAUCUCAGAGGUUCCAUGGAUCCGUCUAAGCAGAUGCUCUAAUCCUCUCCUGUAAUAGAGACACUAUGGUUGAGUCCCAAAUGGCACCCUAUUCCCUAUAUAUAGUGCAGUACCAUUUUUAUGGGCACUAUAUAGGGAAUGGGAAAAGAGUGCAAGUUGGGACGCAGAAUAAUAUCUGCUCUGAGGUACAAUGAGUGUUUUAUAAGUAGUGGCUGGUGGAGGAAACUCUGUGUAAGACAGUGUAUGGGCUAGAUUAAAUACCUUGAUACAGAGUCAGUAGUUACACCAGAAAGGUUUCACCAUACUCCCUGGUAGCAACCUUUUGUUAAUGGAAGCUGGUCCAGGACCUACAGAGUGCUCCCCAUCAUCCAAGAAUGUGGAAAUUGCUUCCUGUGUAUUUGACCUCUGGAGUCUGUGGUUUCUGCUGCCUAGCUACUUUAUAAGGACCAGACCCAUGGGUGAGAGGGACUGGGAGGUAGUGAAUGGAUGAGACUGAAAAAGGGACAUUCUGAGUUUGUCACACCACUCUGCUGGUCUGUUAGUUCAGCCCACCAUUUCUGCAUAUGUAUGCAUGCUGAAUAGUAUCAUCUGCAAAGUACUGUAUGUCAGAAGUCUGUCUCAUUUACUGUGGGUGUGUUCAAAGGCAGCAGAUGAGGAUUUCGCGUUGUGUGUGUGUGUGCGUUUACACGGCAGAGGUCUGAAUAAGAUGAUAUAAUUCAAGAGGGGCUUACAUUUGGAAAGUGUUAUUAAUCUAAUUCCCUCCAUGUCGCACCCGUAUGUGUUGUGGAAAAUCUGAUUUGGCUUUCUCAGCCAGGGAAGCACGACUUCAAAGACAGGGGGAAGUGGAGUUGAGGUAUGGGGACUAAUGGGAGCCAGGUUUCGCCUGUGUGGCUUCUUUAAUACCCCUCCAUUGCUAUCCCCCGACCCACCCAAACGCUGCCUCGAUCUCCAGACCCCUUUCCUUGGAUGCAGCAGCCUUCCCCUCAUCCCCGUGCUGACGUGACGGCUCGUUGUUUGUGUUUGCAGCGGUGAGUGGCUUCCCAUCUCCUGUAGAGGUGUGCGGCUGCCUCGCCCUCCGAGUCCCGCGGGGGUGGUGGAUAUCUAGUGAGUAAACCACGCAGCAUGUGGUGUGGCAUUGCUGUAGGAGAUGGUGAGGCCUACAGGGGGCAUCCUAACCCACUCACAACCCCCCUCCGGCCUGUCCUGUCCUCCCUUCCCUCUCAGCCUUGAGGGAGUGUGGUGUGGUGCAUGUGGCAUGGCUGUGUAGGAGAACAGAGAGUGAGAGGGACAGAGGCCUACAGGAGGUGAGAAGGAUGGUCUACCUGGUCAGACGUUCCUGUCUAACACCACUUUAACCACUACAUUUUUUACUUUUACAUUUUAGUCAUUUAGCAGACGCUCUUAUCCAGAGCGACUUAGUUAGUGAGUGCAUACGUUAUUAGCCCCAUGGGUCUCCCGGUCACGCCCGGAUUCGACAGAGCCUGGAUUCGAACCAGAAUCUCUAGUGGCACAGCUAGCACUGCGAUGCAGUGCCUUAGACCACUGCACCACUCGGGAGGCUGCCUACACCUAUACAGUACCCCAGGCUGAAACUACCCCAUCAUGGAGGCCUGACCUUUGACACUUCUCCCCUGCUCUGAUUUCUGUGGGCCCUCCCUGAGAGCAGAGCCAGCCCAGUAUUAAGCCGAUCAUGUCUGGAACUGUGUUGUUGCUGGGUGACAGACAGGAGAGGGCUGCCUGCAGGGUAGGAUGUUGUAGAUUAGUGAGCCACCGGGGUCAGGGCUGCACAGCCUAAUCCAACCAGCCCUGCCUGGGGAGACUGAGGGGAGAAGGUAGAGGGGUGACGUUGGAGGAGACUGGGGACAGAAAACGAGAGAUGGGAGAGGCUGGAUAAGGUGAGGGGAGAGAAGAGAGGGGAUAGGUUGGAUGAGAUACUGGAGGAGACGGUAGAGGAGAAGGGAGGGGAGGCUGGAGAAGGUGAGGGUAGAGGGGACAUUCUGCUAAGAAGAAGGGGGUCAUGGGGUGGAAACAAGGCCCCCAGUGCUUUCUCUCUCUCGGAGGUAACUAAGCCCUCAUCUGAGGCUACCUGACUUUGGAUUUAAAAGGUUCUCCAGUUGCCCCAGUACAUUUCAGUUAGACUUAUGAUUCCUUUAUCUGACAUUCCUGUUGGAUAGAACUAGUUUUAUGGAACGUAUUGGCAUUCUAAAAGGUAGUCAGCUUCAUGGCCUCUGCUGGUGUCAGAGGUGCAGACACAAGAAUUAUAUAAUUCAGGGUCUUCUAGUUAUACACCAAAGCGCUCCUAGUCUACGAUUCACGGAGGCCGCGGUCUGUUAUUCCAAAGUAUUAAGACAAAAGCACUAUGAUUUGGGGAUUUGGAAAGCAUAAGCGCUUCGCCUGGAGCAAUGUCCUGUUGCUCGGCAGUUGAGAACUUGAAACAACUUAAUGUGCUGUCAAAGAAAGCAGUUCCUUUACUUCAGCGAGGUGGUGGGCCUGUUUUCUAGUCAGAAAUGUUAAUGAAACCGUAACCGUCUAAUUUUCCCCUAAAAUGUAAUUAAGCCCCGCAGGGAUAGUUUUACGUGAUGCUUUUGCUUUUCACGCACAUUUCUGAAAUAAAUUAGGUAUUUUUAAGUAAAUUAGGUAUUCUACAGCAGUUGAAGUUUUCCUGCGUGUUGCGUCGCCAAAAACACACUCUGUAUCAUUUUCAAAACACUUUGCCCACAUAAAUGUGACUGCUUUUCAUCCAUGUGAUUACUUGGUUACCAAAGUGUUUUCCAGUUUGUGAUGUCUAUUAUAUUACCACGUACCAAUUAUAUUACCACGUUACGAUUUGAUCUUUCAUUUCAAUGUAAUGAAUUUAUAUGAAACACGUAUGAAAUACAUUAGUAUUGCAGUCAGAGCGUUGCUGACCACUUCCUUUCAAGUGGAGCUUCAUGAAGCAUUGAAAAAAUUAUGAAACACUGAGACUGCUUAGCUUGUUAUUGCCAUUUUGACCAACUUUAGUUUCUAGUCGUAGCAUUAAAAUGUAUUGGAGUAAUAGCCCAUUAAAACAAAGCCAUUGAAGUGAUUAACAGGCAUGGCAUUUCAUAUCAGAUCCAUUCAACAAUGUUUCAUACUGUAUAAAACCUCUGAGACUAUUUCACAGUAAACCUGUCCAACAGAGACUGACUGACCUAUGUGUUGUGUUUUGUCCUGCAGCGAAGGAUGAUGGGAGCGUUGCGGUUGCCCUGGGUUACACGGCCCACUUGGUGCUGAUGAUCAGCUGCUUCCUGCAGAUCCCUCUCAGGUAUCCUGUCAUCCACAAAGGCUCCCGCUCCUCCAUCAAGGACACCAUCACAGACAAGCUCAGUGAGAAGGAGAGAGAGUAA